CCCACCCCCCCCUCACCGGCUCAUGCUCCUCCGGUUGGCCGCCCGCAGUCGCGCUGCCGCCGCUGCCUUGCACUCGCUGUUUGCCGGAGCGCUGUGCCGGCCCAGGACGGUGUGUGUGUCAGCCGCGGGCCUCCAGAAGCAGAAGCCGUUGUGGCAGCGCCUGGCCGCCGGGAUGGAGGGAGACGCGGGCAGCGAGGAGCAGGUCCUGGCGCCGCUGAGGCAGGCGGUGCGGGAGCAGGGAGAACUUGUUCGGAAGCUAAAAGCAGAGAAUUCUCCACAGGUGGAUGUCGAUAAAGCUGUGGCAGAACUUAAAGCUCGUAAAAGAAUCCUGGAGGCUAAGGAGCUGGCUCUGCAGCCGAAGGAUGACAUAGUUGACCGAACAAAAAUGGAGGACACACUAAAGAGGAGAUUUUUCUACGACCAGGCUUUUGCUAUAUAUGGAGGUGUGAGUGGAUUGUAUGACUUUGGUCCUGUUGGCUGUGCUCUGAAGAACAACAUCCUCCAGAUCUGGCGGCAACACUUCAUCCAGGAGGAGCAGAUUCUGGAGAUUGACUGCACGAUGCUGACUCCUGAACCCGUCCUGAAAACCUCUGGACACGUGGAUAAGUUUGCUGACUACAUGGUGAAGGACCUGAAGAAUGGCGAGUGUUUCCGUGCUGACCAUCUGUUGAAAGCUCAUUUGCAGAAACUGAUGUCUGAUAAGAAAUGUUCAGCAGAGAAGAAAGCAGAGAUGGAAAACAUCAUCACUCAGCUGGAUAAUUACAGUCAACAAGAGUUAACGGAUCUGUUUGUGAAAUACAACGUCAAGUCCCCAGUCACCGGGAACGACCUAUCUCCUCCCAUCUCCUUCAAUCUGAUGUUCCAGACAUCCAUUGGACCAGGAGGCAACAUGCCUGGAUACCUCAGGCCGGAAACAGCCCAGGGAAUCUUCCUCAACUUUAAACGACUGCUGGAGUUCAAUCAGGGAAAGCUUCCCUUUGCUGCUGCUCAGAUAGGAAAUUCAUUUCGGAAUGAGAUCUCCCCGCGAUCAGGGCUCAUCCGUGUCAGGGAAUUCACAAUGGCAGAAAUUGAGCAUUUUGUGGAUCCCAACGAGAAGAAUCACCCCAAGUUCGGCACUGUGGCAGACCUACAGAUACUAUUGUACUCCAGCCAAGCCCAGACCAGCGGGCAGUCAGCACAAAAGAUGCGACUUGGAGAUGCCGUGGAACAGGGGAUCAUCAAUAACUCGGUGCUCGGAUAUUUCAUCGGAAGGAUUUACCUCUUCCUGGUAAAGGUGGGCGUGUCGGCCGGGAAGCUGCGUUUUCGGCAGCACAUGGAGAACGAGAUGGCGCACUACGCCUGCGACUGCUGGGACGCCGAGUCCAAAACUUCUUACGGCUGGAUUGAGAUAGUUGGCUGUGCUGAUCGAUCGUGCUACGACCUCGCCUGUCAUGCCAGAGCAACCAAAGUGCCUCUAGUGGCUGAAAAGGCUUUGAAGGAGCCCAAAACUGUCAACAUUGUUCAGUUCGAACCCAACAAGGGGGCCAUUGGCAAGGAGUUCAAGAAGGAGGCCAAAAUUGUGAUGGAGUACUUGAAUAUCUGUGACGAGUGUUACAUCGUAGAUAUGGAGAAGGAGCUGAAUGAAAAGGGGGAGUUCACCUUUGAGUCAGAAGGAAAAAGCUUCACUCUGAAAAAGAACAUGGUUGGAGUGAAAAGGUUUCAGAAGACUUUACAUGUUGAGGAAAUUACUCCAAGUGUGAUUGAGCCGUCCUUUGGCAUUGGAAGAAUCAUGCACUCAGUUUUUGAGCACACCUUUCACAUCCGGGAAGGGGACGAACAGAGAACAUACUUCAGCUUCCCGGCGACGGUGGCUCCGUAUAAGUGUUCCGUCCUGCCCCUCAGUCAGAACCAGGAGUUUGUUCCAUUUGUGAAAGAGCUUUCUGAAGCACUCACCAAACACUCCGUUUCCCACAAAGUGGAUGACUCCUCUGGUUCCAUUGGGAGACGGUAUGCGAGGACGGACGAGAUUGGUGUGGCCUUUGGCAUAACCAUCGACUUCGACACGGUGAACAAAGUGCCCCACACGGCCACACUGAGGGACCGUGACUCGAUGCGGCAGAUCCGAGCUGAGGUUUCAGAACUUCCACAAGUUGUCCGAGAUUUAGCCAAUGGAUCCCUGACCUGGGCUGAUGUCGAGGCCAAGUACCCUUUGUUCGAAGGGCAGGAAACGAGCAAGAAAGAAAAUUGAAUGUUGCCCCUCAGUAUCUCUCUCCCGUCCUCUGCAUAACUCAGGCACAGUGAGCUGUGCUGUGAAUAUUGGUAAUACAGGCCUGACUGAAAACAUGAUCACCAACCAUGACUGUUAUACCCAUGGAACGCCAACCCGUCACUGCAGGAAUAUGGAAGAAUUUAAUAAGAUUCUGUACAGUAAAACCUGAUAGUGAA